CGCCCCCUGUCCCGGCCCCCCCCUCCCUGGGUUCCCUCAGCCCAGUCCGGUCCAGCCCGGUUCCCGGGAGGAUGAAGUUCGUGUAUAAAGAGGAGCAUCCGUUCGAGAAACGCCGCUCUGAGGGCGAGAAGAUCCGAAAGAAAUACCCGGACCGGGUCCCGGUGAUAGUAGAAAAGGCUCCCAAAGCUCGGAUAGGAGACCUGGACAAAAAGAAAUACCUGGUGCCUUCUGAUCUCACAGUUGGUCAGUUUUAUUUCUUGAUCCGGAAGCGAAUUCAUCUCCGAGCUGAGGAUGCCUUGUUUUUCUUUGUCAACAAUGUCAUUCCACCCACCAGUGCCACCAUGGGUCAGCUAUACCAGGAACACCAUGAAGAAGACUUCUUUCUAUACAUUGCCUACAGUGAUGAAAGUGUCUAUGGCCUGUGAAGCUGCUGCGCCUGUGGUGGGGGGUCCCAUUCUACAGAGAGAGAGGUGGCCCCCCCUUCCUUGACCUCCUCUCUUCAGGACCUGCACUUCCUAAUGUUUGAGGCUCUUCUCCAGAAUCUCUUAGCAGGAGGGUUAAUGGGGGAGAUGGCCUCUAGUAUCUCUCCUUUCUCCUGCCUUCCCCUCUCUCUACCACCUUUUCCACUCUGCUUUAGACUUCUUGAUUGUCGAUCUCUGUCACAUCCAGUGAUUGUUAUGGUUUCUGUUCCCUUUCUAAUUGCCCAAGGGGCUCAGAACCCCAACAAUCUUUUCCUUUCACUACCUUUUUUGGGGGUAGAUGGAAGGGAAUGAAAUUGUGGGGGGAAGGUAAGAGGCACAUCAAUAAAGAGGAAACCACCAAGCUGAACUGGA